AUGAAGAAGCUCCAGGGAGCUCACCUCCGCAAGCCCGUCACUCCGGACCUGCUGAUGACCCCCAGUGACCAGGGCGACGUAGAGCUGGACGUGGACUUUGCUGCAGACCGGGGGAAUUGGACAGGCAAGCUGGACUUCCUACUGUCCUGCAUCGGCUACUGUGUGGGCCUGGGGAACGUCUGGCGUUUCCCCUAUCGAGCCUACACCAACGGAGGAGGCGCCUUCCUUGUGCCCUACUUCCUCAUGCUGGCCAUCUGCGGCAUCCCUCUCUUCUUCCUCGAGCUCUCUCUGGGCCAGUUCUCCAGCCUGGGACCCCUGGCCGUCUGGAAAAUCAGCCCCCUCUUCAAAGGUGCCGGCGCGGCCAUGCUGCUCAUCGUGGGCCUGGUGGCCAUCUACUACAACAUGAUCAUCGCCUACGUCCUCUUCUACCUCUUCGCCUCCCUCACCAGCAACCUGCCCUGGGAGCACUGUGGCAACUGGUGGAACACGGACCUCUGCCUCGAGCACAGAGGCUCCAAGGACGGCAACGGGGCCCUGCCCCUCAACCUCACCAGCACCGUUAGCCCCAGCGAGGAGUACUGGAGCCGCUACGUCCUCCACAUCCAAGGCAGCCGAGGCAUCGGAAGUCCCGGGCAGAUCCGCUGGAACCUCUGCCUUUGCCUGCUGCUCGCCUGGGUCAUCGUGUUCCUCUGUAUCCUCAAGGGUGUGAAGUCCUCAGGCAAGGUGGUGUAUUUCACGGCCACAUUCCCCUACCUCAUCCUGCUCAUGCUGCUGGUCCGCGGGGUCACCCUCCCAGGAGCCUGGAAGGGCAUCCAGUUCUAUCUCACCCCUCAGUUCCACCACCUGUUGUCUUCCAAGGUGUGGAUCGAAGCUGCUCUUCAGAUCUUCUACUCCCUGGGCGUGGGCUUCGGGGGGCUCCUCACCUUUGCCUCCUACAACACAUUUCACCAGAACAUCUAUAGAGACACCUUCAUCGUCACCCUGGGCAAUGCCAUCACCAGCAUCCUGGCUGGCUUUGCCAUCUUCUCCGUGCUGGGCUACAUGUCUCAGGAGCUGGGUGUGCCUGUGGACCAAGUAGCCAAAGCAGGCCCUGGCCUGGCCUUUGUCGUCUACCCGCAGGCCAUGACCAUGCUGCCCUUAUCGCCCUUCUGGUCCUUCCUCUUCUUCUUCAUGCUGCUGACUCUCGGCUUGGACAGCCAGUUCGCCUUCCUGGAGACCAUUGUGACGGCUGUUACAGAUGAGUUCCCGUACUACCUGCGGCCCAAGAAGGCUGUGUUCUCGGGGCUCAUCUGCGUGGCCAUGUACCUGAUGGGGCUGGUCCUCACCACAGAUGGAGGCAUGUACUGGCUGGUCCUUCUGGACGACUACAGCGCCAGCUUCGGGCUCAUGGUGGUGGUGAUCACCACGUGCCUCGCCGUCACCCGGGUGUAUGGCAUCCAGAGGUUCUGCCGGGACAUCCACAUGAUGCUGGGCUUCAAGCCGGGCCUCUACUUCAGGGCCUGCUGGCUGUUCCUGUCCCCGGCCACCCUCCUGGCCCUGCUGGUGUAUAGCGUCGUCAAGUACCAGCCCUCAGAGUAUGGCAGCUACCGCUUCCCAGCCUGGGCGGAGCUGCUGGGCAUCCUGAUGGGCCUGCUGUCCUGCCUCAUGAUCCCCGCCGGCAUGCUGGUGGCUGUGCUCCGAGAGGAGGGCUCGCUCUGGGAGCGGCUCCAGCAGGCCAGCCGGCCGGCCAUGGACUGGGGUCCGUCGCUGGAGGAGAACCGGACAGGCAUGUAUGUGGCCACGCUGGCCGGGAGCCAGUCCCCCAAGCCGCUGAUGGUGCACAUGCGCAAGUACGGGGGCCUCACCAGCUUCGAGAACACGGCCAUCGAGGUGGACCGAGAGAUCGCAGAGGAGGAGGAAUCCAUGAUGUGA